AUGGAUGGCGAUCAACGUAUGAAGCAGAAUGAAAGGUCAAUGUCUCGGUCUGGAAAUGCCGCUCGCAGAGCACCUGGUGGUGCAACAGAUGGGUUUGACCCGGCCAUACAACCACGUGGAGACCAAACGGGGAUGUCGCAACCCCCGGAGCAAGUCCCGAUGUCCUACGACUACGGAUACACAGGUAGCUCUUUCCACGGCGGUUCCCUACAGUCGAAUGACUUGCAUAACUAUCAACCCCAGGAGUAUGUACGGGCUCAACGACCUCAACAAGCGUCGGCUAUUCAACAUCAGCGACGGCGCGCACAGCCUCCGGAUCCGGCUGUAUUCUCACCGUACGAUUCUACCAUGCUGUAUGGGUUCGGUCAGCAGGGUCCAACCCAAGGACACUUCGAGGUUGUGCCACAGUACCAGACACGGCAGUCUGCAGCUAUUGAUGUCCUGUCGAACCAAUUUGCCGUUCCACAGUAUUUUGCACCAGAGGAAUCUGCAGGGUCUGGGGUCGCAGAACUCUCGCCUUAUCUAAAUGCGCCACUCCAGCCUUAUAACCAAUCGGGCCCCAUGGCACGCCCGAACACCACCCAGUCCUUUCCUGUACCCAUCUCUGAUUUCACUGCAAUCGGUUCCGGGUCCAUGAGCCGAUUGGAUCAGCCCCAAACAGAGUCCCAGCAACAGGAGUCGGAUCAAUCUAGCCUGGAGGAGGCCAUCGGACGAUAUCAACGCAUCCUGCGCCGCACUUUUGAUCAAACACGUACCGGAAGAUUGGUAGAAGCCGGAGGAUCGCUGGUAGAAAUUUCCGAGUGGCUUGUGACCAAUGCACGGGAUCUUGAGUGA